AUGGAAUCGCCCGCAAAAGGUGACAGCCGUCAAGGCGUCAAGGCAAGCCAGAAACACCUAGAGUUUCAACUGCAGCGGGAGAAGGCCUACACACGUGAGCUUGAAGAGAAAAUCAAGUCGCAACAAGCCCACAUCGCCAAGCUUGAGCAGGAUAAGGCUGAACUACGACGAGAGAUGAUUACGCUUGUUGAAGAUGACAAAAAGAAGACGAAAUUAGAGGAAAAGUGUCAUCUGCUGCAGAAGGAGAUGGUUGAAAAGCAGGCCGCCUUGGCUGCCGAGCAAAAGCGGGCCAGUGCAGCCGAGUGCGAGAAGGAACAAAUCAGGCGUGAUGCUCAUGCGUCCAUAGCGAAGUGGUGUGAGGCUGAAAAGCAAUGGAUUGCCGAGAACGAGGUUCUUCAAAAGGAACUGGAUGAUGCGAAGGAGGCUUUUGCAAAACUAAAAAGCGAGUGUGAUGUAUUGAUUAUUGGUCGGGAAGAUGCACUGAAGCAGUUACAGCGCGAAAAGGAACGCUUUUCGAAGAUCGAAACAACGGCCGAAGCUGCUGAAAAAAAAAUUGCGUCUUUGCAUUCACGCAUUGAGGCGCUGCAAAAUGAUAUUUACACGCGAGACGAGACAGUUUUCAAAUUGGAUGAAGCUGGCACCAAAUGGCAAGAGAUAUGCCAUUCAAAAGACGAGGAAAUAAAAGCGUUGGAAGUGCAAGCAGAAAAACAUUUAGAGACCAUUGAGAAGCUACAGAGCACCAUUUCUCUGCUUAAUCAACGCAUUGAGGCCGCGAAGAUCCUCAAUUUGGAGGAGAAGGGGCGUGUGGAAAAGGUAUUGUGUGAUUUGCGUGAGUCUGAAAAAGAGAAAAAGCUCCUUCAAAUGGAUCUGGAGACUGUGCGUCGCGACCUUGAGUAUGCAUCACAAAAUGCAGCCAAACACCAGGAAUUAGUGGCAGACCUACGUACAAAGUUGGCGGCAUCGUCUGAGCAGGUAAAAGAGAGGAACGCUGAACUACGAAAACAGGAGUUGUCUAUUAGUCAGCUGACAGCUGAAGUAAAGCGAGUGGAGCUGGAACGAACAGACAGCAGUUACAUGGUGACUUCUCUAGAGAAUCAACUUCAGGAACUUCGUGACACACUUGCCCAGAUGCAAUCGGUAAAUCAAGCUCUUCAAGAGAAGAAUGUAGCGUUGGAGGCUGAGGUUCAACAAGUGAAAAGGUCUCAUGAAGGGAAAGACGAGGCAGCAGUGCUUAUGAAGUCUGAGUUUGAAGACAAGAUUGAAGUUCUUCUUGGUGAUAUUAAAAAUUUGGAGUCUGAGGUGAGUGCAAGACAGCAGGUAAUCAAUAGUAUGACUACACAACUUGGCGAAGCUAAUAUGAAGAAUGAAGAGCUUCAUAGUUUAAUUAUACAAGGCUCUGACACGUCCAAAGAACUUAGUGGAGUGAUUGAAGACUUGCAGAAGGAGAAGAAUAAACUUUCCCUCGAUCAACUGAGACUUCAGCAAAAGGUCACUAGGCUUGAGUUGUGUGAGGAGCACUCAAUUGAAUUUCGGGAUGCUCUUUUGAUACACUCUGCGAAGACUCUGGGGGCCGCGAUGGAGUAUAUGGGAGAGGUAGAACGGCUGAAAAUGACAGUUGACAGGUUGGAUACUGAAAAAAAUGCCACCGUGACUAGACUAGAUGCAGUUAAGGUAGAUUUAGAGGAGGAGAUACAAUUACUGAAGGAACGUGAGGUAAGACUUAUCAACGAAAUUGAGGCACGGAAUGGAAAAAUUGUGGCUCUUGAGGAAACGCUUCAGAAGUGCGAAGAUGCUUUGUCCGUGCUGAGGAAGGAAAUUGAAGUACAACAAAAAAUGUACGAGAAAAUUCAAAGUAGUGAAAGACUUCUUGGCGAGAAGCUGGCAGAAACAGAGUGUCUACUACAGCAGACAUCCAAUGUAUCUGAAAAGCAACUCUACGUUUCACAAUAUGCGACAAGGUGGCUUGAUAUCGCCACGCAGUCGUUAAUGUUUCUUCUUGAGGAACAUAUCACAUGGAUUUCAGAAAAAAUAGAUAUUGUCUUCACAGGAUUAGAAAGCGCUUAUGCUAAAGAAAACGAACAAAUUAUGAAUGCAUUGAAUGCCUCAAAUGACACUCAAAAGGAAGCUGAGGAAAGAUGCGCACAUCUGGAGUUGAGGCUGAGUGAAGCGGAGUCCCAUUUAGGAGAGCGCGAGAAGACAUUUGCCAAAAUUUCAGAAAGCCACAUGAUAAAGGUCCGUGCUGCUGACAAUCAGCGGGACCUGGCUGAGAAGGCGAGAGAUGAUCUAUCGCGGCGAUUGAAGUCUUUGACGGAAAAGCAUGAAGGUGAUGUGGAAUUGAAGGAUGAAAGAAUAAGGGAGCUUACUUCUCGUGUGGAGGCGGAGAGGCGCAACGGUCAACUGAUAGAGGAAAAAGUGCAAAAACUGCGGAGAACCCUGGAUUAUGAACUUGGACGGAAGGGUGACUACAAGCGUGCCCUUGAAGAGGUUAAAUCAAAGCGUGAAGAGGCAGAGAAGUACAGAGCGACUGAAAAGGAUUGGGCCAUGAAGGCAAUCAAUCGUGCCAAUGAGGAAGUGAACUAUUGGGUAAGAAGCUUUGAUAAACUGAAAUCCAUGUUGGAUGAGAUGUCAAAGAGAUCGGGGACGCGGGUCUCUGCCGUGGAUCAAGCGACAAUAAGGAAAUUUGAAGAGGCGAAGAACAGACUGACGUUGCGCGAUCAGGACGUAAAUAUCACCCCCCAAGAAGAAGAGAAUCGUAGAGAAAAACGUCAACGUAUAGAGUUUUGA